GAGAAUAGAAUCGGGUGAACCGGAUAAAAGGAAUCGGUUAGGGCAGUUUUAGAAGGAUAUAAAGUAAGAAGAAACAUCUGGAGAGAGCGGCUUUAGGGCGUAAAAAGAAAAGAAAAACAAGCCGUGGAAGAGGGCUCUCUCUUGGUUCAGCUUAUUCCCCCCUUAACAAAAUCUUUUCAGAUGGAUCGUUAUCAGAGAGUGGAGAAGCCGAAAGCAGAGACACCCAUUGACGAGAAUGAGAUUCGUAUUACCAGUCAAGGCAGGAUGCGUAGUUAUAUCACUUAUGCCAUGACUCUGCUCCAGGAAAAGGGAUCGAAUCAAGUAGUUUUUAAAGCAAUGGGAAGAGCCAUUAACAAGACUGUGACUAUUGUGGAGUUAAUUAAGAGAAGAAUUGUUGGUCUACAUCAGAUUACUUCAAUUGGAUCCAUGGAUAUAACAGAUAUGUGGGAGCCUCUGGAGGAAGGACUCCUUCCAUUGGAGACCACAAGGCACGUGUCGAUGAUCACUGUAACCCUUUCGAAAAAGGAAUUGGAUACAUCCUCUGUUGGGUACCAGCCUCCAUUACCUGCAGAUCAGGUGAAGGCAUCCACAGAAAUCGAUCAUGAAGGAGGUGGAGAGGGCUCUCCUAAUGGCCGUGCUAGAGGCCGUGGUGGUAGAGGAAGGCCAAGGGGUAGAGGGAAUGGUUUUGUCUCUACUGAGUAUGAGGAUGGAGGCUGGGACCGCUUUCGUGGCUAUGCUAGGGGUAGAGGUCGAGGAAGAGGACGUGGCUACCGAGGCCGUGGGCGUGGAGGAUACAAUGGACCCCAUUUCGACAGGCAGCAAGAUGAUGGCCGUGGGCGUGGAGGAUACAAUGGACCGCAGUUUGACAGGCAGCAAGAUGAUGGCCGUGGGCGUGGAGGAUACAAUGGACCCCAGUUCGACAGGCAGCAAGAUGAUGUCUACAACUAUGAAGCCCCUCCCCAAGGUGGUCGUGGUCGUGGCCGUGGCAGGGGAUAUCGUGGAAGGGGCCGUGGGUUUAGAUCUAAUGGGCCGAUGCAUGCAACUGCAUGAGAUGGUUUGUGGCAGUCCUUGAAUGAUAUGGAAAUGAUGGUGUCGGAUUCAUAUCCAGUCAUGUUUAUGAUUUUUUUGGUCGUUCUUUAUUUCUUCUAUAG